AUGGAUUGGCUCAGUUGGGUCAGUCAGUUGGGCUAUACACAGCUUUGUGUUGUACUUGGUACCGUCUCAUUGCGCGGUAAGAAGGAUGGAGAAGGAGAGCUACAACUUUGGUUUCGUGCGAUGUUCAACGAUUGCCGCAUUUUAUAUACCAGUAGGAUAGCAGGGCAUGACGAGAUGGUAUGUGAGUUAUUGAUGUUUUUCCUCUUUCACUUCCGAGAUUGCACUGACAAAAUCAGCAAAAUCAAAACGUUAUCAACAGAGAAGUCGAAAUUUCAUUUCGUCCAAUACUGAAAACAAAUAGUACCAUGUGAGAGUACUGAUAAAGGGGUCUCGUCCAGGGGCUCAAGAGUUAGAACUAAAUUUUAUAGAUCCAUGACUCUAGGAGUGAAAGGGUUUUAAAUAUAUAAUUUAACAAUACAAUUAUAAUAAACUGGUUCAAGACUUCAGAGGUAGUGCAUCGUUUUAUUACUACAGCUCUGUUUCGUGUGGCCAAAAGAUGACCACACUCAUCGGGUAAUAUCAACGAUUGACCGUUAGAUUACAACAACUGGCAAAAAGGCGAAAAUAAGGUUGCUAUGAGAUAUAAAAACAGCGUUAUGUUAUCGUAUAAAUCAUGUGAUUGCUAUUUAUAAUUUGGAAGAUUGUGUUACUUUAUCAUAAAGUUCCGUGAGGAGGUAAGCCCCGGGAGGGAAGGGUUACUUCCUUAUAAGAGGCUAAUAGGAAUGUGCCGCUGGAUGGGGUCGCAUUUUCACAAGUGGACUGACUUUAGAGGGGUCGAAAUUUCAAUAGAGUUACUCGAAUGGGGUGGCACAUUUUCUAUAAUUGGUCACAGAAUAGACUAUAAUGGGGUAAGGGCUCUGAGAGGCCAGCGGCAGAUAUCCAGCAAAAAUUUAGCCAAGUACCCCCCCCCCUAGUAUUAAGCGGACACCUUCGGGACCUUCCCAAGUGUCCGCUUUUUAUAGAGGUUUGUAAAAAUUGCGCAAUGUUUGUUAACGAUUAACAUUCAACGGUUACUCUGUACUGUAAUUAAGCCAUGUUGUUGAGGAAACUAAGGAAGCUGUGCUGUACUUUGCGCAACACUUUAGGUGAAUUUUGAUCGCGGAUGACGAUUAUACUGCCGGAUAUCGGUGUAAUAUGCAGUUAAUUGACCUCUAAAUGUAUUGAUUUAUCUCUAUUAAUCGACUACAGUACGUAUUUCAAGGAAGUAAUCCAAUACUACCUCUCCUUACGUUUUUCAGUUUGUAAUUAUGCCUGAAACUACAAUGAAGGUCACCAAGGAUACAGUUACAAUUAAAGAGCUAAAAGACUGGUGGGGUCACGAAGGACAAACUGUUCAACUAAAAGAUGCUGAUCCAAAUGAGCUUCAGCUUUUUAUUGAAAAAAUGCCCGUCCCAAUCAAAGGUGAGAGUGUUCAAAGUAAUUUCCAAAAUUUUGUUUAAGUUUUGGUUUUGGAAUAAAGAGGUACAUGGUUGAACCUCUGUACAAAUGUAUGGAAACAGGCAGAUCUUUUUUUUUUUUUUUUGGUUUUAGUCUUUAAAUAAAAAAGACGAAUACGGGUUAAACUUACUGUAUUUAUGAAGGUUUAUAAAAACAGGUAGCUCAAGCUUAUGGCUAGAGUAGUUAGUUUGGUGUUUUUGAAUUGAGAAGCGUACGGUUAAACCCGUAUAUUUGUGUGGAUAGCUGGGCUUAAAUAUUUAUAAUUGAUGAGUGAGAUAUCCAUAUUUAGUAUAUACUAAAACAGUGGAUAGUGUUUUUCGCGCGCUCUGAUUGGCUACUCAAUCAGUGAAUAUCCUUCACUAUUCACUGAUUCACCUCCAGUUCCUCCGAGCGAGCCAGGCGGUGUUGGACACGGUCCGAAGGGCAUCAUGGGGAAAGAAUCAAAAACGGCUCAUUUGCAUCUGACCUUCGCUGUGUUCACAUCUCUCGUUACGCCAUAAAAAUACCGUGAGAAAUAGUGUGAUAUGGGCAUUAUAGGUCUUUUUCCUCUUUUAAAAGAUAUAACAUGCGAUGUUCAUUUGAGAUCUUUCUCCGGAAAGGUGGCUGCAAUCGACGUUUACUGCUGGCUUCACGAAACCGUUGUUUUCUGUGUCGAAGAGAUAAUUUUAGGGAUCGAAACAACGCGGUACGUAUCAACACUUCGUUCUUACAUGUGGUUAAAGUGCUUGAUUUUGAACGUAAACUUCUCUUCAGUGCUCUUCUCACCUCAGAUUUUUUCCAGGUACAUUGACGUGUGCAUGAAGGAUACUGAUCUUCUCAUCGAAAAUAAUGUGCAACCUAUUCUGGUUUUCCAGAAGAAGCUGGGCGCAAGGCAAAAAGUGGAAUUCUCCUUCGCUAACUUGUUCAACAGCAAGUUAGUGGAGGUUUUCUAUUCAUUUUAGUCCGUAUGAAUUCAGUUUUAUUUGUCCGUUGUUUUUUGUAUGAUUUAUCAGGGCUCGUGAAGAAUCUCGCACAAGUUUAACUCUUUGCAAACAAGGGCAGAAGGAAGAAGCCAAAGAACUAUUCAAAAAGGAGGCCCUAAGGGCCGCUUCGAUGACAUAUAUAUAUCACAAAACAUAUCAUAUUUUUAAGACGAAUAAAAAGGAAAGAAAGGAAGGAUUCUAAGCUGAUCGUGUAGUGAAAGCCUUCUAAGCCAAUUCGAUCGUGACCGCGCGAGUAUAUUUAUUAUACUAAAGAUGCCGCGGAAUGGAGUCACGAUUCACGCACGUAGGUAAACUUCAAGUGGCAUUUUGACCCUUAAAACGGCGGGGCCCGCCGGGGCCCGCCGACCAUUUCAGAUACUUGAACAACAAAACUAAUAGAUUAUGCUAAAACUGGAGGUCAGGGGUCGUUGUACACUGAGAAAAUGUAGACUGAAAAGCAUAAACAAUAGCUCUUAACUAAACAAAGGGAUUAUGCGCAUGAAGAAUUCCAAAGAGCAAUAUCAAUAGAAAACAAACAUAAAUCAUAUUGUUUUAAGAACUGCGGCUUGCUACAUCUGUCUACUCAAACUUUUCCAAAAAAUAUAAUCGUAAACCACUUGUUAAACUGCGAAAACCGAAGAAAAUCGAAGAGACUACCCGCACAAAGGAGAAAGAAUCGGUCCGCCAUCUGCAAUGACGUGAUUGGACAAAAUUGGUCACGUGGACCGUGUCCAACACCGCCUGGAGCGAGCGACGCCAAACUUGCGUAAGUUGCGAGCAAAAUGUCUUCCCGGUUUGCUGCCGUAACAAACUAAGAAAUUUCACAACUAAUCAUGCAAGCUAUUCCCAAAAUAAAUGAAAAAGGUGACGAAGUUCGGUUUGGAAGUUUUAACAUUUAAAUCUUCGUCUUUUUUACUUAAAUUUAUCGAUAAAACCGGUGAAAAAGUUUUUUGUUUACAAAUGCAAAUUAAGCUUAAGUCUUGCGCUACUUAAUUUAGUUGACUUGUUCAUAAAUAAGCUUAAAACUAAAUUUAAUAAUCUUUUUUACAGAAUGAUUUUAAAUACAAAAAGAAUUCACAACUCCUUUUGAAGAAACGUCCCCGCAAGAGCUAUACAAACGCCUUCAAAAGUUUUAUUUGUCGCUAAGAAAAAGCGAUGACCGCGACCGUUCGGUCAUCGUGCGCCCAAAUUGUAAUCGUUGGCAACAGUAAAUGAGUUAAAAAUCAUCAUUUUUGUCCUCAAUUAUCUCACUGUUUUAGUAUAUACUAAAACAAUUAUUCAACUCAGUGUCGGUGGCUAGUAGAGGAAAUUUACCUCGCCGCUUUGCGGCCUCGUUAAAUACGCGUUACUAGCCACCUCCACUUCGGUGAAUAAUUGUUAUAUAACAAGACAGAAUAUUAACGCUUAUAAAUUUUGUCGACCGGGAAUCUUCGCGUCAAAACAUUGUCGCUGUUAACAGUGUCAAGAGGGGUAGACUACUAGAACAACAUUGAUCUUCUUUUUUAAAGCAACAAAGAAGAGCAUGAUAUCCGGCCGGCCCCUAUUCUAGUGAUUUGGAGUAAAAAAAAAUCAGAUCAUAUUUAAGACUAAAUAAAAGCUCUGAGUCAACUGCAUUAGUCUGUAAUUCACAAAUCGAUUGAUGAAAAUUGCUUCCACGCCUCAUUUUUCUCGCGCACUGGUGGUUCCGCCACCAAAAUUUCCCCUCAGAUCCUGAAUCGUCCUCAGUAGUUUUCUUAUCAAAAAUGUAGUUUACGUCAUAGAAAGUGCUUUGUACGGGGUUAUAUUCACGAGCUUGUUUGUGUCAAAACCCGAACGAGCGAGAUACGAGCGAGUGAGGGCUUUUGACACAAACAAGCUCGUGAAUAUAACCUUGUACAAAGCACUUUCUAAGACGUGAGCUGUUUAUUACACAUAUUAGGAGAGUUUUCACUGAAAUAGUGCUCUUAAUGUAACACAUAAGCUUAUUGCUAUUAAAAGAGCAAAUCACAAAUGCUGACAUGCAAAUGCAAAUUUAAUAGCAAUGGCAAAUCUCGCAGCACAUCCUUAGUCCUCAUCGUGCAGAACAGAAAAUGCACUUACAAAAGUUUAAUCUACAAUGACGUUACAAAAGACAGACCUCAGCGAUGUGGGCUCGUAUAGAGGAGUUCACGCUCAUAGUUGCAUCAUAGGUAAUCAGGGCAAGAUGGAGGGAAAUUCAAAGAUUUGUAUUGGAAUUCAAAGCCCGCUAAUUCUUCCUGAAUUCAUAUAUUUGAUGCUUGAUUUUCUCAUACAUUUUCUGUAAUUCCACAGUAUCAAAAUUACAGAAAAUUUAUAUGGAAAAAUUCAGGUUUUCUAAAAACUCAUCACGGAUGUCUUUGCACUCCAGAUUUAGUGUAUUGUUUUUUUGAACUCGUAAGUUACCCUUUUUAAAAGAAACAAAAGCUUAAGUAUUUUGGUUAAUGGAAAAAAAUUAGGGCUUGGGAAAGAUCAUCUUGGAGGGAAAGAUAGAUGAGAAAAGGAGAGAGGAAGACCGAUAAAGUAGUGGGGAGGGGACAUGUCAUUAACAGAAUUAGGAAUUAGGAAUUUUUUUCUCUUUCCUGAAGCUUUCUCAACAACCGCUGCAUAUUUUGUUCACGUUGUUGAAACUCCAUCAGUUGCCUUUGAGAAUUUUUUUCUCGUUCCUGAAGGUCUCUCAAGAUUGGCAGUUGGUAAGAACUGUUUCCGCUGUGCGGUAAAAGAUGCAACGUUUUGGUAUCAAAUCGACUGAUUUAAGGUGGCUCGAUACAGUUUUUCAGGGUCAAUACCUCCCAAGUUUGAGCAUAAACUACGUCGCCAUAAACAAAGUUUUGGAAAAAUUGCCACCACAGUUGUAUCAGAUAAAGAUGAAAAUUUGUUAUGAUCAGGGUUGCAACGGCAUCGGAGUUGUCAUAGCAACGAAAUGACGCUAUUACCUAUUUUACUUGCAGCAGUAUAUCUCGGCACAGGGAACUGUUCUUCCAAAAUCGUUCACGGGAGCUUUUUCCUCCAAUAGUGGCCUCGAUGAUCGUGAAGUUUAAGCGAAAUCUGUAAGAGCGUUAUCGAGAUAUUUUGGGAUGAAGUUUUUAUGGCUAGAAACACAGUAAAAAAUGGACAAUAUUGUUGUUUGGCCGUUAUCUGUAAACAUGAAGAGCUUUUGACACGCAAUUUCACCGCAGAGUAGUUUCAGUCUUUUUAAAAACGUGUGUGAAAGAUCAUUUAGAUAGCUCCAACCGAUUCCUAAAAAGACGGGUUUGAUUAGUAUGUAUCGAAGCGCUCUUGUUAGCGAUUUGGUAAACAUUUUGGUCUUCUUUAUCAAAUUAGCGAAUAAUUUUUAAACCGCUCGAUAGAUUUUUGAAAAAAAUUAAGAUUCUUGGGAUUAACCUUCCUUUUAUAUGACCUUUUAGUUUCAAGAUUAUUGAUACAUUGUAACGCAGUAAAAUAGCGGCUACAAUUCGCUACAUUUUAUCGGAAGUUUCGUCAUUACAAGAGAAAGCCUCCUCUCUUUAUUCAAGGCAUUGUCUCCAAGUUUCAUUUUCACGUGAACAGCAGUAACUAACAAUGCAUUUGACAUAUGCAAAAAUGCUAGCUAUUGUUGUGCACGAAAAUAUGAAACUUGGAGACAAUACCCUGAAUAAUGAGAGGCUCGCACUUGUAAACACAAAAUUUCAGCCAAAAUAUUUGGGAAUUGUAGCCCUUAUUUUACUGCCUUACAAUAUAUCAAUAAUCUUGAAACUAAAAGGUCAUAUGAAAGGAAGGUUAAUCUUAAGAAUCUUAAAUUUAAAAAAAAAUCUCUCGAGCGGUUUAAAAACUAUUUGCUAGUUGUUUAAAGUAGUCCAAAAUAUUCAAAUACCGCUAACAAGAGCGCCUGGGUACAUACUAAUCAAAUCUUUCUUUCUAGCAAUCGGCUGGAGCUAUCUGCAUGAUCUUUCACACACGUUUUUAAGAAGAUUGAAACUACAAUGAGGUGAGCAUGCAUGUCAAAAGCGCUUCUUUUUCUACAGAUAACAGCCGAACAUAGACAUUGUCCAUUUUUUACCGUAUUUCUAACCACAAAAUCUUUAUCCCAAAAUAUCUCUAUAACUCUCUUACAGAUUUCGCUUAAACUUCAUAAACAUCGAGGCCGCUAUUGGAGGAAAAAGCUUCCGUGAAUGAUUUUGGAAGAACAGUUCCCAGUGCCGAUAUAUACUGCUGUAAUUAAAAUAAGUAAUAGCGUCAUUUCGUUGCUAUGACAACUCCGAUGUCGUUGCAACCCUAAUCACCACAAAUUUUCAUCUUUAUCUAGUACAACUGUGGUGGCAAUUUUUUCAAAACUUUGUUUAUGGCGACGUAGCUUAUGCUCAAACUUGGGAGUUAUUGGCCCUGGAAAACUGUAUCGAGCCACCUUAAGGUUCAUCUGAACGAAAAAAUGAGAGCUCGUUCAAGGAAGGGGCUAUUCUUGGACACACAUUUCAAUAUUUUGUGUGAGUUUACAAGCAAGCCAUAAUUAUUUAGUGACAAUCGGAGCGAAACGAAAUUCUGAUUUUCAUCUUCUUCAUCAGUAUCUCUUAAGCUUAUGUGUCGCUCAGUUUAAAGAGAGGAACGCAGUACAUUUAAAUUUUAAAUUUUUCUUUUUUAGGUUUCACUUAAUCGGGUUGCCCAUGUUACUUGGGUGAUUUUCAUGAUUGCCUUGUUUUAUAUUUGAUCAUGAAUUAUCUUUUUAGAAAAAAAACAAAAUCUACGCAAAGCAAAUUCGCCAAGGCGAACCUCAGAAAUAGAAAGUCAGUGGAGGGAUUUUCAGCCACGUGAGGAAAACUUCCAGAGACAGAAACGGGAGAUGCAGCAACGCGAGCAGGAUUUACAAAGAAAACUCAGGGUGGUUAAAGAACGGUAUCAGGACUCUCAAAGCCAGCUAACGGAUAUUGAGCAACAUGAACAAAAUAUGCAGCGGCUGUUGAGAGAGCUUCAGGAACGAGAAAAAAAUUCUCAAAGGCAACUGAUGGAGUUUCAACAACGUGAACAAAAUAUGCAGCGGUUGUUGAGAGAGCUUCAGGAAAGAGAAAAAAAUUCUCAAAGGCAGCUGAGGGAGUUUCAACAACGUGAAGAAAAUUCUCAAAGGCAGCUGACGGAGUUUCAACAACGAGAAGAAAAUUCCCAGAGGCAGCUGGUGGAGUUGCAGCGGCAACUGAGGGAGAUAGGACAGCAGUUGACCAAUUGCCGAGGACAAGUUUCUGAACUACAGUUAAGUCUUUCAACAGCACAGGAAACAAUAAAUCAAUUGCGGAACCAAGAAACACGUGACUGGGUUAUUCCCCGGGACGAAAUUCAAAUCACAGAGAAAUACCUUGGGAGGGGAGGAUGGGGAAUUGUCAAUGAGGGAACGUAUUGUGGCUGUACUGUAGCAGUGAAGCAGAUGCAUGAGUUGAUUCUUUCUCCUCAUAACAUAAAUCUGUUUGAAAGAGAAAUGAAUAUCGCUUCUAAAUGCCGCCAUCCUCACUUACUACAGUUCAUCGGCGCCACGAAAGAUGAGGGAACUCCUCUGUUUGUGACCGAGCUGAUGGAGAAAAGUCUGCGCACUUUGCUGGAGCAGCGGCAACUCUCCGAGACAGAAAUAGUCGUCAUUUCUCUGGAUGUAGCACGUGCCCUGAACUACCUUCAUCGAAAGAAACCAGAGCCUAUCAUUCACCGUGACGUCAGCAGUGCGAAUGUGUUGCUAUGGCGACAGGAUGACCAAUGGAGAGCCAAAGUUUCUGAUUACGGCACUGCUAAUUUUAUACAGCAGACCAUGACAGUGGCUCCUGGAGCUAUGAUUUACAGUGCACCUGAAGCACUUACAUCAAACCAAACAAUCAAGGUAAGUUUAAGUGAAUAUUCAAGACUGUUUACUUACUAAAACUGUACAGCAAGGCUAACAGUGGCAGAAGUGAUAAGUGAUGUCCACUCCAUAAACAAUACAUAUGAAAUGACUAUAUCUUUGUGAGGAGUCUUUGUACCUUGUUCUGCACUUUUUUCACUCUUUUAUACAUAUCUUCUUCUUGGAUUUGGUCCACGUAAUUGGAUUCUUUAAUUUAUCCCUUCUUGUCUCUAAAGACAGCAGUCACGGGAUAGCAAAAGUUAAUUAGUAUUUUUAGAAACAAAACAUUUAAGCCAAGAACGUACCAUGAAGCCUUUUAAGGAUCUUCUGUUUUCUAGGCUUUUCUUAUCCAUUUAUCGAUAAUCAUCUAUUUUGAAUUCUCGAGUUCCUCCCACUCGUGUUACCCUAACUCCUUUUGUAAUCAGUACACAACUAAUAAGUAAUGUCAUGUAUUAUGAUUGCUUUUAGGUUGAUGUGUACAGCUUUGGUGUUCUUCUUUGUGAAAUGUGCAUCCGGGAACUUCCAGAUCCUAGUAAGCGUGAAGAACAAGUCGUGCUUGUAACGAACGGUGUGUUUCGCGGCCUGGUACGGCGAUGCCUUCAUAGAGAUCCUGGGCCGAGACCAACCAUGCAGGAGAUAAUCGAUGAACUGAAAGAUGCCGAUGUGUCAUCUUAA